CUCAAAAUCAUAUCAAUAGCUUUCUUGAGCGGCCCACACAAUCAUACUUCAUUGUAUUUCAGCUAUAUCCCAGCAUUACCUUGGUCUACUUCAACCUUUUUCCAACUCCAAACUCCAGUUCAAAACUUCUUUCGAUCCCAAUUUACGAACUUCACCGGCCACAAUGUCUGCAGAGGAAGUUGGGCGCGGAACCAAGACGUAUAGGCGGACGACGUAUCCAGCCAUCGACGUAACGCAACCUUUGUUGUCUACCAAGGGCAGGUCCGCUGUAGUGACAGGCGCUGGGCAGGGCAUUGGGGCGAGUAUCGCGCGGUCAUUAGCGCAGUUGGCUGAGCUUGCACCCCAUUGCAAAGUGUUCACUUAUACCGUCGACAUCACUGAUGAGGAGGCUGUGAACAAUGGCUUCGCAGGCUUCGCUGCUGAUAUAGGGGAAUCCCACCCUAUCGAUAUCUUGGUUGCUAAUGCUGGCUACAUGUCCGAUUUGGGCUCGCUAGACAAGGUCGAUCCGAAGAACUGGUGGAGCGCGUUCGAGAUCAAUAUCAAGGGAAAUUUCCACCUCAUACGCGCAUACCUCAAGUAUGCGCCCAAAUCCGAGGACGGACGCCUGGGCGCGGUUAUCCACGUGUCGUCGUCCUCAAUGCAUGGCCCGUACAUACCCGACUUCUCAGGCUAUCGAGCCUCCAAGGCCGGGGCCACCAAGCUUUUUGAACUUUUCCAGAACGAGCAUCCUGAGCUGUUUGUUCUACAGAUCCAUCCGGGACUAGUUGGUGGCACCGAUAUGCACUCGAAAUUUGCCCACACUACAGGAGGGUUUGAGUUUGAUGACGAGCAACUCUCUGGUGAUUUUGUCGUUUGGUCGCUUAGCCCAAGCGCUCGCUUCUUGAACGGACGUUUCAUCCACGCCAACUGGGAUGUCGAUGAGCUGAGGGCUAAAAAAGACGAGAUACUCAAGGAUCCCGAGAUGUACACUAUAGGUUUAAUUGGUUGGUGA